ACACCAUAGAGAACCGAGGGCUCUAUGGUCACAGGGUGUGACACCUACAUGUACUUUUCCUAACAACGUGCUUUCUAAAUGAUUAACUACUGGUGGCAUCUAGAGUAAAUUACAACAGAAUAAUGGGGAUUUAUAUUAAAGUUGUUCAUUUGAGGUAAUGAAAUAAGAGCUCUCUGCCUUCAUCCUUACACCUUGUAGUCCGUCGCCUGACUAAGCAUCUCUACGGAAUCCAGAAGUUACCUCGGUGACCUCACCAAAAAGUAUUCGCCUUCAGUCAGCAUCUGCAAAAAGGGCACAAGAAAUGUGGAACACGUUUCUCAUCCAAAGGGAUUAAAGAAAUAUGUAUUCAGGUGCUUAAACGAUUGGCGCGCGAGUGCACCUUCCGAUAUAAACACUGAACGCUUGAGCAAUUCCAGCACAGAAAUUCAAAUAAGAUUGAGGGUGAAUGAGUGCCGUGACUGGGCCCUGUGUGGAGGCAGACGGAGACUGAGCGAAGGGUUUAAAUCCACAAAAACCUGACACAAAGGGAGCCCUACUGCUCUGUCUGUGUUUGUGUGUGUGUGUGUGUGUGCUUGCGUAAAGAGGUUAGCGUCACCCUCCUUAAUAUUCCUCCUUUGUGAACAUGUCACCACUUCACAGAAAACCAUCACUGCCAAAAUUGACCGCAAUACCCUCAGAUUUUUUUAUAUUUCACCUUUAUUUAACCAGUUAGGCUAGCUGAGAACAAGUUCUCAUUUGCAUCUAUAUACACCGUGUGCAAAUGAGGUAGGAUAAGAGAGGUAAAGGCAAUAAAUAGGCCAUGGUGGCAAAGUAAUUAAAAUAUAGCAAUUGAACACUGAAAUGGUAGGAUGUGCAUACAUACAGCUGCUACUUUCAGAAGGCGGUGAACUAGUCCCCUAUUAAACUUGAAUCUUUUUACAGUUUGAUUAGUGGAAAGUAAUGUCCUUACAAACGUCGUCUGCUUGAACCUUAUUCCCACCAGUGUGGCUCAGAGGAGGGCUGGAGAAACCGUGUUUUGCAUUCCACUCGGCGGCUGAGUCCCUAAUGGCAUCCUAUUGCCUACAUAGUGCACUACUGUUGACCAGGGCUUGUCAAAAGUGGUGCACUAUAUAGGGAAUAAAGGGUGCCAUUUUGGGACGCAAGCUGAAUCUGAUCACUUUUAUUGCCUGCCAGCGUUUCUGGGCUCCUUAGGGUUCGGGUUGCCUUUUCUCAACCCGACCGGGCGUUCUGAUUGGUCAGCGGCGUAGGGCAGGGUUUUCUGACCCAAGCAUCACUAUGUGAGGGAAGUCUUAUGCUGGUUGUUCCAGGUUGCGAUGUGUGACCGAUCUCUGUUAAUUCACAUGGAGAUGGACAUGGAGAUGUGGUGUGAGAACGAAAAAUGACAGUGUUUAAGAUGUGGCGCAAACUCAAAUCUUCUGGGUGGCUGGCUGAGUGUGUUAAAGUGUGUGCGUGUACGUUGUGGGUGUCUGUGCGUGCCAUAAAUGUGCAUGUAUGUGCAGGGCCAAGAAGAGGUCACAUGAGGUCACAAGUCCCUCGCCCUUGAUGGUGAAACAAGCCCAAGAUUUACUGCAGGCGUAAAGGCAUAUUCCAUAAACAUUGACACACACACCAGCUGCCGAGCAGCCUCUCCAGGCCUCCUUCAUCGCGCUCCAGUGUGGCCGUGGCGUGUCUGUUCUGAGCGUGGCCGCUAUACCUCUUCACCUGCUCAGCCGCUGUGACCUGUCUGUCAGCAGCAUAGCCCCACAGGGCACAUGGACCAGGGCAAGCACACACACACUCUUGGCCUUAAACAAAAUUACACUUUUACUGAACACACACACACACACACACACACACACACAUGAGCACACAAACUCACAUAACACUCUCACCUCUGCAGCGAAUUUGCCUAGCCAGGCACGUCCAGCUUGCUGAGGAUGAGUUAGCUUCAGUAAACAUUUUAAUUCCUGACGGUUUAAAACAUCCUCAUCGUCUACAGUACCUUAUCAUCCCAUAUCAACUGGCACCCUAUCAACUGGCACCCAGCUUGUUGUAUUUAACUGCAUUCAACUAGGAUUAACACCGUUGGACGAUGUGACAUAUCACUAUGAAACCAAAAUCAAGCUUUGUAUCUAAACAAAUCUACAAAUAUCACCUUUUUAUAUUGGAUUAUUUGAAUUUUCUUCAUGCCAUUUAAAAAAAGAAAUGUUAAUUGUCUGGCUUUUACAGGACGGAACGAGCUGAUAGCACGGUACAUCAAGCUACGCACAGGGAAGACACGGACAAGAAAGCAGGUGUCCAGUCACAUCCAGGUGCUAGCGCGACGGAAGGCCCGGGAGAUCCAGGUGAAGCUGAAGGUACGCUACGACCAGGCUGCCAAAGACAAGGCACUGCAGAGUAUGGCCACCAUGUCCUCUGCCCAGAUCAUCUCUGCCACCGCCUUUCAGAACAAGAUGGCUCUGCAGGGGCUGUCCAGGCCGCCGUAUCCCACUGCCGGCGGGUUUUGGCAUGGCGGCCUUCCAGGACAGCCUAGGGGUCCUGAAGACAUUAAGCCCUUUUCCCAGCAGAGUUACGCCAUGCAAGCGUCCGGCCCGCCCCCCAUAACAGGCUAUGAGAGCACGGCGGGCCUGUCCAUGUCGCCGGGCACCCCCCCGUGGCAGGGACGCAGUAUCGCCAGCUCCAAGCUUCGCAUGCUAGAGUUCUCUGCUUUCCUGGAGCAGCCUCAGGACCCAGAGACCUUUAACAAGCACCUGUUUGUGCACAUCGGUCAGUCCAACCCCACCUUCAGUGACCCGUACCUGGAGGCAGUGGACAUCCGGCAGAUCUACGACAAGUUCCCUGAGAAGAAGGGAGGGCUGAAGGAGUUGUUUGAGAAGGGGCCGCAUAAUGCUUUCUUCCUCGUCAAGUUCUGGGCUGAUUUGAGUGCCAACCUGCAGGACGACAACAGUUUCUUCUACGGCGUGUCCAGUCAGUACGAGAGCUCUGAGAACAUGAUCAUCACCUCCUCCACCAAGGUCUGCUCCUUCGCAAAGCAGGUGGUGGAGAAAGUAGAGACGGAGUAUGCACGGUUUGAGAAUGGGCGGUAUGUGUUCAGAAUCCACCGGUCCCCACUGUGUGAAUAUAUGAUCAACUUCAUCCACAAGCUCAAACACCUGCCAGAGAAGUACAUGAUGAACAGUGUACUGGAGAACUUCACCAUCCUACAGGUGGUGACCAACAGGGACACACUGGAGACCCUGCUGUGUAUAGCCUAUGUCUUUGAGGUGUCUACUAGUGAGCAUGGAGCCCAGCACCAUAUUUACAGGCUUGUGAAAGACUGAGAGAGCCCUGUGGACAGAACCACUAUAUAGCACAACAACAAACCCAACAUUGGACAAUCUCCUCUAUAAGCUGCAAGCACCAUACAAUUGUCUGUCAGGACCCAAAGAAGCACUAGGAGAGUUGCUUACACAGUGAAACGACUGUGGAAGAAGUGGAUUGAGAGCAUUGGGAGCUAGAGUGAACUUUACAACUGUGUGAUGUGAAAGUGAGGAGCAGAGGGUGGGAACCUUCAUUGUGGUAUAUCUAUAUGUACCAGAGAAGCCAAACGUCAAGACGAUGCAUGAGAAUGUUGAUUUUCAUCUCAUUUUACUAGUGCUUGCUUGUUUGAUUUAGUUUAUUUUAUGCAGCUGCAUGAGCGGGAUUGUGUUUGGUUGUCCAUGGGCGACACCUAAUGACUUAAUGUAUAUUGCACACAGAAGAAAGAAAAGAGGGCAAGAGGACAAAAAAAUAACUUUCAACCCCAAGACUGCACAUCCAUGUCAUUGUUUUUGGUGCCAAUAUUUGUGUUAUGAGUAUAAAUGUCAUGUACAGUACCCAUCUUCACUGAAAAAGAAUCCCAAUGGAAAAUAACAGGCAAAUUAAAAAUAAAUAUUGUA